CACAGUGAGAAUAGAUCAUCUGACUGACUCCUCCUUUUCAAAGCUCCUCCUCCUCUACACCUGCUCUACCUGUUGGAGGAAGUGAACCUCAUCCUGUCUCCUGAUCUUCAUUCUGCUUUCACUCCACUCAGAGACGCCAAUGAGGAGCUUUUAAACAGUGACAGUAUGUGUUUGUUUCUUGCUGUGUGAUUCUGAAAGGAGCUAAAACUCACUCAGUGGGUUGAAGGGCUACGGUGGCUGAUCCUCCACUGAGCUGCUCUGAUCAUUACAGACGUCCUGAAACUGAAAGUGGAGUUUGGACUGAAGGAGCCAUUACAGAGAAACAGCACAGCAGCAGUUGGAGGAAAUGGCUGCUAGAAACCCUCUUUCAGAAGAAGAGCUUUCAUGUCCUGUGUGCUGUGACAUCUUCAGGGAUCCCGUUGUUCUGUCGUGCAGCCACAGUGUGUGUAAAACCUGCCUGCAGAAGUUCUGGGAAACUAAGGGGUCUCGAGAAUGUCCAGUCUGUAGAAGAAGAUCCUCAAAACAAUAUCCUCCUUUUAACCUCGUACUGAAGAACGUGUGUGAGGCUUUUCUAGAGAGCAGGAGUCAGAGAUCUUCAGCAGGGUCUGAGGGGCUCUGCGUUCUGCACAAUGAGAAACUCAAACUCUUCUGUCUGGAUGAUCAGCAGCCUGUGUGUGUGGUGUGUCAGACUUCAAAGAAACACAAAAGUCAUGACCUCUGUCCAGUAGAUGAAGCUGUGACUGAGUUUAAGGAUAAACUCAAGUCUGCUUUGAAGCCUCUACAGAAGAAUCUGAGAGUCUUAGAGGAAGCUAAACGAGACUAUGACCAAACAGCCACCCACAUUAAGACGCAGGCCCAGAACACAGAGAGGCAGAUAAAGGAGGAGUUUGAGAAGCUUCACCAGUUUCUAAGAGAUGAAGAAGCAGCAAGGAUAGCUGCACUGAAGGAGGAAGAGGAGCAGAAGAGUCAGAUGAUGAGGAGGAAGAUUGAGGAGAUGAAUGGAGAAAUCUCAGCUCUUUCAGACACAAUCAGGAACAUAGAGAAGGAGAUGGAGGCUGAGGACGUUCUGUUCUUACAGUCCACAGAGAAACAAGCUCAGCUCACACCAAAGGAUCCAGAGAAGACAUCAGGAGCUCUGAUCAAUGUUGGGAAGCACCUUUCCAACCUGAAGUUCAGAGUGUGGGAGAACAUGCAGGAGGUUCUCCAGUACACCCCUGUUACUCUGGACCCCAACACUGCACAUCCACGCCUCCACCUGUCUGAUGAUCUCACUGCUGUAGAAAACACAAAGCAGAGAUCAUCACUUCCUGAUAAUCCAGAGAGAUUUGAUGAGUAUGUGUCUGUUCUGGGUUCUGAGGGUUUUAACUCAGGGAUUCACUGCUGGGACGUCCAGGUUGGAGACAGUGAUUACUGGGCACUGGGUGUGAUCACAGAGUCUGGAACAAGAAAAGGAGACUCUUUCUGGGGUUCAGUGUGGAGGCUGGGCUACAAGAAAAGCAGUAAUACAAUCUGGAUUCUCUGUCCAGGACAGUCACGUCACUCCUUCAGACCUAAAGAGAAGCCGCAGAGGGUCAGAGUGCAGCUGGACUGGGACAGGGGGACAGUGACCUUCACUGAUCUUCUAACCAACACACACCUGCACACUAUAACAGACACUUUCACUCAGAGAGUUUUACCGCUUUUCUGGAAUCUGUCUGUUCAUCCUCUGAGGAUCUUACCAGUGAAGACGUCAGUAACAGUGGAGCAGCACAGUUAAAGCUGAAGCUGCUUAGAAUGAUCAUUUAUAAGGUAGUGAGUGUCUGAAUUAUGAUCAUAAGAAUAUGUCACUGCAUGUAUAUUUUAAAUAAUGUGUUUGUACCGCUCCAUCCUGACAUGUCUGAGUGAAAUAACAUGCUGGUUUAAAGUGUCACAGAGUGGCUCCUGAUAUCAUGACAGCAUUAGAAACGUUCUCUGAGUGAGAUUUCACUCGUUUUCAGUGGAGAUUUUAUUUCUCCAUCAUCCUGCAUUUUUCUCCAUCAUCAGAUCUUUAAAGCUCUGCUGUGGUUCAGAGAUUCAUAGUAAAAAACCGCCAGUCAGACUUUUGUGGGGUUUGCGCGUGAGAAGAGUCGCUUUUUGAUGAAGGGUGUCAGUCCAGCAAGGUGACCAGUUAUGAGCAGCUCCGUGAAGUCGCUCUGCAGAUCAGCGCAUUGAGCGAUGGGCGUUGAUGGUUCAGGAGCUCAACCUUGACAUUCGCUGUAAGAAGGGAAGGGACAAUGUGGCCGAUGCUCGAUCUCGUUCAUUAGAGUCUCUUUAUUAGACCAACAUGGGAUGUUGUUUGGUGGUGGGAGCGCAGCGUCCUGUGAGCGGAGCUUCCCUUUUCCCUCGCUUUCCCUCAGUGUUCUCAGGUGGACCUUGUUGCUGCGAGACUGACGUCUCGGUUUUCCCGGCGUAUGAUUGGCUGUUCCUGCU